ACCAUUAGAAGAUACACUGAUCCAAAGAGAAAUGGCUGAAAGUGCUGAAAAAGAAAAAAUAAAAUGGACAACCACCAUUAUUAUUAGCACAUCUCUUAAGAGUUGUGAAGUUGCAACUGCCCUAGAAAAUCGAAGCCACAAGGUUCGGUAUUCAGCUUCAGUGGAAAAUGGAUCAAUUAUAUUUUCUUGUACUGGAGUUGCAUUUUUACUGAUGGAUGCUAAAGAAUGCUUUAUGUCAGCUGAAGAAAUCUUUUUAGCCAGAAUUGAGAAUUUUAUUAACAUUCACCAAAAUAGUUUCUUGGUUCUAUCUGCUGCCCUCCAUGGGCUCAAGGAAUGGAAACUGAUGUUCAGGAUUCAGCAGAGAUUCCUGGGUAGUAACUUACGGAUACUUCCAGUACACAACACAGUAAAUGCUAUUGAUCUUAUGUGCACUAUUGCUAAGAUCACCUCCAAACCAUAUAUAGAUAGCAUCUGCUACAGAAUGAUAACAACUAAAGCUUACAUCAUUGAGCAAAGUCCUAUUUGGAAAACACUUCAAAAGAUAAAUCUCAGUGACUCAUUUAACCCAAGUUAGAGUAUCAAUUAUAAAUGUUCUUUCAGAAGAAUAUUAAAAUCUUUAGACUGGUUGAAUUAUAAUGUUCAAAUAUAUAUUUAAAGAUUUUAAAAACUUAAAAUAAUACAAUAUAUACAAUUAAAAGUGGUUUUAUUUUCAGGA